UAUCGAUGCCAGGAAUCCGGAAGGCAGCGUUCCCGAAAGAUGGUCGGACGACAACGUAUUCUCGCAUCGCGCAUAUUUUAUGCUGGACAAGCAACCGGCGCAACUGGGGGUCGAGAACACGAGGGAAGAGGAUGCUGGAAUAUACAGGUGUCGUGUCGAUUUUCAAAUCGGCCAAACGAGAAACUCCAAAGUCAAUUUAACGGUAAUCGUGCCGCCGCACAAGAUCACGAUCGUCGACGAGAACAUGAACGAGCAGGGCGAAUUGGUCGGGCCGUAUAUGGAGGGCGACAAACUGCGGCUCUUCUGCGACGUCCGUGGCGGUAAGCCAGCCCCGACGGUGUCUUGGUAUCGCAACGACAGAUUCGUCACCAAUCGGACCACGUUGCGCAAAGGCGUGACACGCAGCGAGAUCGUUAUACAGAACUUGAGCCGGGAGGACGUCCAUUCGUUGCUGACCUGCAACGCCACGAAUAACAAUAGGUCGAUCCCGUUGUCGUCGUCAGUCCGCGUGGACAUGAAAUUCAGCCCGUUGGAGGUGAAAAUAAUUGAUGGAAACCGACCACUAUCUGCGGGCAAGAGGUAUGAUCUAGUCUGCACAACUUCCGGUUCCAAGCCAGCAGCCCAUGUCACCUGGUGGCGAAAUGGUCAGCGCUUAGUGGAUUCCAAGGAGACCACCUCCGCCGAUGGGAACACGACCACCAGCGUUUUAUCUUUCAUGGCGACGAAAGCAGACGCAGGCAGACACUUGUCGUGUCAAGCUGAAAAUCGAAUCAUGGGAAACGCGCCGAUAGAGGACGGCUGGGUACUCCAGAUACAAUACACGCCAGAGACGCAGAUUCAGCUCGGCACGUCGCUGAAUCCGAACGCCAUACGCGAGGGCACGGACGUUUACUUCGACUGUCUCAUACAGGCCGAGCCGCCUGUGUACAAGGUGGAAUGGCGACAUCAGGGCAGGGCACUCCAUCACAACAUCACGCAGGGCAUCAUAAUCAGCAACCAGAGCCUGGUGCUACAGGGGGUCGAUCGCAAAAGCGCCGGCAAUUACACGUGCGUGGGAUACAACACCGAGGGCGACGGCGAGAGCUCGCCCUUUUAUCUGAACGUGAUGUUUGCCCCCACGUGCAAGCCGAACCAGACGAAGGUCCACGGCGUGGCGAAACAGGAGAAGGCGAAUAUAUCCUGCCAAGUGGAUGCAAAUCCACCGCAAGUGCAAUUCAAGUGGACCUUCAAUAAUUCCGCCGAGAGUAUCGACGUUGCGGCCGGCCAUAUCGCGCGGGCUGGCACAUCCUCCAUCGUCUCAUACACACCAAUGACGGAAUUAGAUUACGGCACGUUACUCUGCUGGGCCAGCAAUCACAUCGGGCAACAACAAGUGCCCUGUGUAUAUCACAUUAUACCGGCAGGCCGGCCGGACAUGGUUCACAAUUGCACGACCUCGAACACAUCGACCAAUUCCUUUUCCGUGCGAUGCACGGAGGGCUUCAACGGCGGCCUGCCGCAGUCCUUUCUGCUGGAGGUGCGCGAGAGCAACAGCCAGGAGUUGCGUGCCAAUCUGACAUCGCCGGUGCCGCGCUUCAGCGUCACUCACUUGGAGUCCGGCGCCCUUUAUCAAGCCUGCAUUUACGCCUACAACGACAAGGGCCGCAGCGAGGCGAUGGUGGUGCAGGCCGGCACUCUGAGGCUGCCGGAAAAGCAACUCACGUCCGAGUCGGAACGACCAAGGCAGCACGACAAUUUGACGCCGAUGCUGAGUGUGAUGAUCGGCGUAGUGACGGCUCUCAUUAUCGUUGCGGUCAUAGUGAUGGUCGUCUUACGGAUUCAGCACACGCAUGUGGAGGAUCAGAACAAGUCGCAGAUGGAGGAUCACGCGAAGCAGACGAAAGCCGUUCCCAUACAAAGGGAGCUACGAUUCCGAGAGGGAUGUAGUCUGCUCGCGGACGAGAAACAUCCCAGCAGCCCGUUUAGAAAACUGGACACCAGCGGCGAUCUCAGCGAAAGCGAUGAAAAGAAUCCCGACAUUAUACCACAACAAAUCACUGGUGACGAGCCGUCGGAAUACUUAAGGAAGAGACGCCUGGUAUCAACGAUCGAGACAUCACCAUCCAGGAGCCUUUUGGAGCAUUCGACGGUGACUUCCAUCAGCGGACACAGCAGUUAUGUCGGCUACUGCACGAUUCGCAACGGUAUGCCGCUGCAUGAGUUCUCAAACUUGUCAACGAAGCACAAAAGCUUUCAGCCGAUGGUGGGCGAUGUCUACGAGAGCGGCGUUUGCACCCUGCCGAGACAACACUGGCCCAGCCAAAGCGUUCAAUCGAUGUCAAUGACAAUGAGUCCUCCGAUGUUAUACGCCGGUCUGGGUGUUGUUACCAGGACCUGCCCGAGCGGCACGCUGCCGUCGAAAGACUGCGAGACACGGGUGUCCAGCCAGUGCUGUCCAACGGUUCAGAAGCCAAAGGAUGCGACGAUAAGCACGCCGGUGGUGAUGGCCAAGAGGGAGAGCUCCGUGUGACCCUACAGCCACCACGGGGCCUGCACUUGCAGCGUGAGCGAGCUGCUGUGAAUCACACAGUUGCCAAUCAUCGAGAUAGCCGCGAAUGACACGAGUGACACGAGUGUCCGGGAAACGUUUAGAAGAUGUCUAUACAGGUCACGCGGAGAUUAGAACGUCUUUUAGAAAGACCAAACGAAGCUUUUAUCUUAGAAAGACGUUUGGACAAUUAUCGUUAUCUAGAUCUGUGAAAUUAAGACGUCUCUGGACGAUUCGUAGGGAUGUCUUUCGUUAAGCUAGAAUGUCUUUCCGACGCCUGUGUCAUUCGGGACGCCUCGGGCGUGCGAGCCGGUUCGAGUUCGACGGGUUUACGUUUCCAUUCCAUGACACAAAUUUGCGCCUCUCUGUUGAAUCAAGUGCCCUUUUUACAUUGAAGAACGACGAACACCCCGACCGGCUCCUCCGCCAGCUUCUCCCAUCUCAUGCGUAGUAAAUCUCGUGACCGAGCCCCGGUGGAAACCUCGACAAGCACCUCGUAUGGUAGAGAGUGAGUUUACGAAAUGUGUGCGCGCGAGCUCGUGAGCUCGCCGUACAUGCUCCUGUACAUACCUCGAGACGCGGAAGAUAUUUUGUACGAGUCGCGUAUAUUAACGAUUUAUUCUCACUUUUACUAUGAACACAACACUGUACAAUUUGUCUAGUCGAUAUAAGUAUAAAUAUGUAUAUGCGUUAAGUCGUCGGGGAGGCGCCAGAAUAACGUACACUGAGGAUGAUGAUCACCGUCGCGUCGCGCGAUGUAAUUAUUUAUAACGUUGACAAUGCGUAAACGGGAACGGCGGGACUCUUGCGGAUACGGGAGAGAGAAACGGGAGGAGAAUUGUCAGAGACAUAUCGUUUGUAUCUCCAUCCGCGGGAAUUGAGUACGAGACGAGCAUACGAAGAGCGGCAGAGUAAUGAGACGAAAGAUGGAGAAGGAGGAGGAAAGAAUAAAUAAAAAAAAAAAAGAAAGAGAAUCCCCGUCGCGCUUUCGUCUCAGUCUGCAGAAUUCUGGAUUUCAGCGUAAUAUUAAGUAUCUCUUGUACAAUGUAUAAAGUAACUUCCUUCGAAGUAAAUGUACCGAGUAUGAUGAACGUUGUUUUUCAAAGUCUUGAAUUUUACUCUAUAGGGAGAGGACGUCUCCCUCCCCCAAUUUACGGGGACGUCCCCUAAGAACGUGUGGUACAUAAUCGCGAUAGCACUUCUAACUUACUGCCUAUUUCGACGCUUGUGAAUCUCGUUGGUACUUUAUUCGGCAGAGGUUCCCCAGCCUCUUUUGUAUUAUAUAGCUUUAAAAAGGAAAAAAGAAGGGAAACGAAGGUUCGUCGAAAGGCGCCUCGUCAUAUUCUCCGUACGGUGCAGGGAUAAUCUCGUCGUCGAUUAGAGCGGUCCGAGAUGCGUCCCUUCAGACCAGGCGCUAAUCCGCGAAAAUGAAAAUUGAACGUGUAGCUCCCUUUCAAUAUGAAGCAGUCGAUUACUGGGCGGUGAAUUUCAGCUAUAUUAUAUGAGACGCGCAUCAAAAAUCUUUUCUUUUCGCGAGAAGUGAUAAUCCAUAUUUUGCUUCGACCUGUACAGAUUGAUUUCGCGUAUAGGAUUAUGCUCCCAGCACGUGCGACGAUCCUGCUGCGACUGCAAGGAUUCACGUGAGGAUCAGAAUGUAUAUUUUAUCCGAUAUGACGAGAAAAAAAAGGAAAAGCAGAUCUUUCAAUGUUCACAUAUAUUUGAAUAAGAUCAAUGUGUAUGUAAUCGUUCUACAGUUCGAUAACGUAAUUAAUCCAACGAUGAAAUGAACGCAUAUUUUUUGACGUUACAACGCUGUGAAGGCGUUACAGCAUGCUGUGAAGCAGCAGUGUCGAUCUACUUCAGAAACUGGAACUUGAGAAAUUUUCAGACACUGGAACUUGAGAAAUUUUCAGACACUGGAACUUGAGAAAUUUUCAGACAAAACUCUUUUGAGUACAUUUAGAGACUGCGAGAGUUAACUUCUUCCGCUGGACAAAUCGCAUGAUUCCUUUCGUCUUUCGUUUUAAUUGUCAAAUUAAAUUUUCGUGUCUCCUUAGCGAGUUUUAUCUUUGAAUGUAGUCACACGAUUUUUGUCUCUGUCAACGCAACGUCGCAAUACCGCAAACCAAAGUUUCAUAGCAGCGGCAUUUGUCUGUCAAAUCGGAACUUCGCGCAAAUUGAUCAUAAAGGGAAUGUAGAUUGUGACUGUUUGCAGUCGCGUCGUCGUUGCAGUCUGUUGUAUGUACAUGCAUACAAUGAAUAUGCAGAGGAGACGAUCCUGAACGAAGCGCGCGCACCCGCGUUUUCGUUCGCCGGAGGAAACGACGGACGAUGAUCGAGGAUACUUAGCGAAUUACUCGAUGUAUAAGGAACUUAGAAAACGGCCGAGUUGAAGAUUUUACCGUGCCGUAAGAAGCUAAUCACGAGAAUUUCUAGGAAAACACAUGUUGUUUCCUCGCUUAGACGUUAUGUUAAUACGUCGCUCCCGAGAAGAUCUAUUAACAUUUAAAAAAAAUGAAAUAAAUCGUUGAUUAUUAUUAUCAUUGCCAUUAAUGGAAUUGAUGUCGGAACAUUGUGAGUGUACAUUUGUCAAAGAGAAUUUUGUCAAGAGAAUUUUUAGUAAUCGUUGAAACGCAGCCAAUACACGCAUCCCACCCUCCCCUUGUCCCUUGUUAUAACUUUUGCACACAUAGAGAUUGUAGCCGUAUUGCGAUAAGAAAGAUCGUUGCAACAAAGAGAUUCUAUCGAUCCGACGAUGAGGAAAUGUCACAAAAACGAAACGUACAAUAAAACCUGGAUCUAAACUGCCAAAGUUUCUACAAUUUGUUUUGUACGUGUGAUCACUAUAUGCGCAUAUUACGAAAUGUGUGAACUUUUUAAUAAACGAUAACGGACUUUUUCUAAUGGAACACGAUUUUUUGAAGAAACGUUUAUUCUCUUCUUUUCCGCAUGUUUGAUUACAUUAAAAAAAUUCAAGAAGAGGGGAAAGAUAAAUCACUGUUUUCCUUCGCCGGCGUCAGUUGGUUUCCAGGGCACGUCUUUUCACUGUUUCGGGUGAUUCGGAAGCAUGUCCAUCAAACGCGUCGCGAGGCAUAAUAUCGCAAGGCGGUGGCCAGAUAUUGUUAUCUGCAAAAUGAUUAAAAGGUAUUCGUUAGCUAGGCACGGAAAGAUCGAUGAGAGCAUUGAGAUAUUUCUCGAUCGCGCGAAUGAUCAUAGGCGAAAACGCGAUGCUUCGUCGGUCGUAUUCGCCCUCUCUUUAGUGACUCCAAUAUCGAUCGAAAACAAGACGCCGAGGGAAUUUCGUUUUUUUUUAUUAUUUAAAUAAAGAUGCGUUGCUACACUAUUCUGUAUGCAUUACUGCCUGUAUGACGUGAUAACGAGACCGGAUCUGACCAGCCGCCGCUUGCGCGAGACAUUGAAGUUUGUAUAUGUACUUAGUUUAGGACUAUCUCCGAUACACACAGACACACACCACACACACGCGCGCGUGCGCACACACACACACACACACACACGAGUCUCAUGUACCCCAUACCAGAACGUUUUUUUGAUAUUGUAAAUAUUCUGAAAUAAAUAAUCGUUUUUAUUCA